UUUCUGGCUGCCACUCCAGGAGACCUUGCCAAUCAUCAUUGAAGCAAACAACAUUCUCCUCCUGGAGCCAAGCCCUUUCCCUCGCCUAAACUUGAAUUCAAUUCCAAUCAACCAUGCUGCUUGUUGUUAUAACCAUUUCAUCAGAUGGUCUCUUGUAGCAUUCAGGGCGUUUGAGGUUCACAUUCAAAUUGCUAAUUCCUUGUUUAUCAGAAUUCCGACCUCCCGCUCCCGUCCUAGGAUUCCGAAAGGAGAAAAAAGAUGGUGGAUGCCUCGCCGGAGAGAUCGUCGGGUUGUGGCCUAAUCAAUGCAGUGUUUGGGAAGCGCACGUUUUGGCCCAGGAGGACGACCUCCACCGGGUCGAUGACGCCCCCCGCUGUGCACCAUGUCGGAGGCAAUGUGACUAAAUCGCCGAGCACCCCUAGUUCGAGACAGCGGCACAGCAGGUCUGAUGAGGCCGCUUUAGUUGAUGCCAACGGAUCAGAAGUCCCGCCUAAGCCGAUGAGUAUGAGGCCGAAUCCGAACCAACGUGGGAAUCCAAAUAUGUACUACCAAAAGCAAGCCCCUGGCAGGGUCGCCGAUGAGACGGCGAUGGCAUUGCCUUCAUCCGUGUCUGGCAGUCCCAUGAAGAAUCCUCAUAAACAAACCUAUGGCAACAAAGGUAGAAGACUGCCUCCGGAGGCGACUGGCAUAUCGGGCGAGCUAGAAAGCAUGAUCAUCGAUCACCAAAAGGCCCGGGGAAGCAGCACGCUUGUCCGUGCAUCGUCGAGCAACGUAAUGCUCUUCGGGACCUUGGGCAAUUUGAGGCAACCCGGGACAACGAAUCCAAAUAACGUGAGCAACGUGCCGGACCCUUACAUCGCGAAGGCUGCUACGAGGAACGAGGCUCCGGCGCCCAACGGAAAAUACACGAACAGCGUGAUGGGCAACAUCGUGAAGAAACCGGCGGAUAGCAAUAGAAAGCCUAGCGAAUCGCCAGCCCCUGCUUCUUUCUGUCGUGCUCUCUCGACGAGAAUGGAUCCCGAGACGCUGAAGAUAAUGGGCAACGAGGAUUACAAGAAUGGUAGGUUCGCCGAAGCCUUGGCAUUGUACGACGCAGCGAUCUCGAUAGAUCCGGACAAGGCUUCCUAUAGGAGCAACAGGAGCGCCGCUCUGACGGCUUUGGGUAGGUUACUCGAGGCCGUUUUUGAGUGCAGAGAAGCCAUUCGGAUCGAUCCUCAUUAUCAAAGAGCUCAUAAUCGCUUGGCGACGUUGUACGUCAGAUUAGGCGAAGCAGAAAAGGCAAUGUACCACUACAAACACUCGGGGCCCGAAGCCGACCCGGAGGACAUCGCGAAAGCCAAAAGGGUCCAGUCCCAUCUCACUAAAUGCACCGAAGCUCGCAAGCUAAGGGAUUGGAAUACUUUGAUAAAAGAGAGCCGUUGUGCCAUAUCGGCUGGUGCCGACUCGGCUCCUCAGAUUUUUGCACUACAAGCGGAGGCAUUGUUGAAGCUGAGGAAGCACCAAGAUGCGGAUGAGGCAUUGUCGAAGGGUCCGAAUUUCGAGGUCGAGGAGUGUACGAAGUUCCUGGGUCCGAUUGGGAAUGCUGGUCUGUUACUUGUGCGGGCCCAAGUUGACUUGGCCGUCGGCAGAUUCGAUGAUGCCUUGGAGGCAGCUCAACGUGCAGCUCGGCUAGACUCGAGCAACAGGGAAGUGAACUAUGUGAUUAAGAGGGCUCGAGCCGUGGCGGGAGCCCGGUACAAAGGGAACGACCUCUUCAAGGCUGAGAAAUUCACCGAGGCCUGCAUAGCUUAUGGAGAAGGGCUCGAGCAUGACCCUUAUAACUCUGUCUUGUUAUGCAACCGUGCUGCGUGCCGGAACAAACUGGGCCAGUAUGAGAAGGCGAUCGAGGAUUGCACCGCCGCACUCAAUGUCCGCCCGUCUUACAGCAAGGCCAGAUUAAGAAGAGCCGAUUGUUUCGCCAAGAUGGAGAGGUGGGAGGCUUCGAUACAAGACUAUGAGGUGUUGGCAAGAGAAGCGCCAGAAGAUGAAGAAGUGAGCCGAGCGCUAUUGGAAGCCAAAGCCCAACUUAAAAGACGACGUGGUGAAGCCGUAUAGGGCUUGCAAAAUCUCAAAUAUGGUGUGUUUAGUGUUGCAGCUGUCUCUCUUGGAGGGUGUACUUACUCAAAUUAGACGAAAAAAAAACAAAUCUCUGAAAGCUAGAAUGUGUAGUUGAUCAAAUGAAUAUUUAGUGAAUUUUUCUUUGGUGAUGCUUUGAAAUAUUAGGUCAAAGAGAUGCAUGUCUGCCUAGGAGCACCUUCUUCUCUAUAGUUAAUUUCUCUGGUGUAAGAGUGAUCAAGAAAAACCGACCAACAGAUCGGACCGGAUUGAACCUAAACUUUGGUAUUAACUGGUUUAUCAGUUUGGUUUUGGAUUGAAAAAA